AAGCCGAGGACGCAGAGGGGAAGGUGGGGGCAAGAGGGAAGGCGAGACACUCAGAGAGGGAGACAGAGCCCCACAGUGAGAGGAAGGAAGGCAGGCAGGCAACAGUCGCCGGCAGCCGAUGUGAAGACCGGACUGCGUGCGCCCUUCGCCGCCUUUGCCCGGCCUCAUCGAUGUUGUGUCCGCCGCCCGCUCGCCCGGAUCACGAUGAACGCGCAGUUGACCAUGGAGGCGAUCGGCGAGCUGCACGGGGUGAGCCAUGAGCCAGUGCCCGCUCCUGCCGACCUCCUGGGCGGCAGUCCCCACGCGCGAAGCUCCGUGGCGCACCGUGGCAGCCACUUGCCCCCCGCGCACCCUCGUUCCAUGGGCAUGGCGUCCUUGCUGGACGGCGGCGGCGGCGGCGGCGAUUACCACCACCACCACCGGGCCCCCGAGCACAGCCUGGCCGGCCCCCUGCACCCCACUAUGACCAUGGCCUGCGAGACUCCCCCAGGUAUGAGCAUGCCCACCACCUACACCACCUUAACCCCUCUGCAGCCGCUGCCGCCCAUCUCCACCGUCUCGGACAAGUUCCCCCACCAUCACCACCACCACCAUCACCACCACCACCCGCACCACCACCAGCGCCUGGCGGGCAACGUGAGCGGUAGCUUCACGCUCAUGCGGGACGAGCGCGGGCUGGCCUCCAUGAAUAACCUCUAUACCCCCUACCACAAGGACGUGGCCGGCAUGGGCCAGAGCCUCUCGCCCCUCUCCAGCUCCGGGCUCGGCGGCAUCCACAACUCCCAGCAAGGGCUCCCUCACUAUGCCCACCCGGGCGCCGCUAUGCCCACUGACAAGAUGCUCACCCCCAACGGCUUCGAAGCCCACCACCCGGCCAUGCUCGGCCGUCACGGGGAGCAGCACCUCACGCCCACCUCGGCUGGCAUGGUGCCCAUCAACGGCCUUCCUCCGCACCACCCUCACGCCCACCUGAACGCCCAGGGCCACGGGCAGCUCCUGGGCACGGCCCGGGAACCCAACCCUUCGGUGACCGGCGCACAGGUCAGCAAUGGAAGUAAUUCAGGGCAGAUGGAAGAGAUCAAUACCAAAGAGGUGGCGCAGCGUAUCACCACCGAGCUCAAGCGCUAUAGCAUCCCACAGGCCAUCUUCGCGCAGAGGGUGCUCUGCCGCUCCCAAGGGACCCUCUCGGACCUGCUGCGCAACCCCAAACCCUGGAGCAAACUCAAGUCCGGACGGGAGACCUUCAGGAGGAUGUGGAAGUGGCUGCAGGAGCCCGAGUUCCAGCGCAUGUCUGCGCUCCGCUUGGCAGCAUGCAAAAGGAAAGAACAAGAACAUGGGAAGGAUAGAGGCAACACACCCAAAAAGCCGAGGUUGGUCUUCACAGAUGUCCAGCGUCGAACUCUACAUGCAAUAUUCAAGGAAAAUAAGCGUCCAUCCAAAGAAUUGCAAAUCACUAUUUCCCAGCAGCUGGGGUUGGAGCUGAGCACGGUCAGCAAUUUCUUCAUGAACGCAAGGAGGAGGAGUCUGGACAAGUGGCAGGAUGAGGGCAGCUCCAAUUCAGGCAACUCAUCUUCUUCAUCAAGCACUUGUACCAAAGCAUGAAGGAACACCCACAAACUAAACCUCGGUGGAAAAGCUUUAAAUAAAAAAAUUUUUAAAAGACCAGGACCUCAAGAUAGCAGGUUUAUACUUAGAAAUAUUUGAAGAAAAAAAAAAGUGUUAUUUAUAGUCCAAAGAAACCAAAGACUUAGCUCACCUGCAUUCUGACUUUGUUCGGAGACACACACUUCAGCGGGGCAACGACUUGGCAAGAGAAAAUAUGAGCAGAAAAGCACCACUGGAUCUCACACCUUCAAUCCAUGAUCAUUCUCGCUGUGCUUGGCUGUUUUGUGGUUUGGAGAUAGUGAUUUUGAGCCAUUGAGUGGACAUCUUUUAAGAUCAGACUUUCUCAUCUGUUCCACUAUGCCACAAAGGUGUAUGGUGUCUCAGUACUGUGUGUGGGUACGUGAGUGCAUACACAUACAUACACACACACACACACACACACACACACGCAUCACCAGUGGUUAGGGACUUAGGCAGGGCUGGUCUUCAGGAAGGGUUGUGCUAUAGGAGUGCACCCAACAUAGUGUGGGGUUGUCUGAGUUCAUUGGAUAGGAGUGUGAUUUCGCUCGUCUAGCCUAGCGUUUGAACCUGCCAGGCCCGCAACCUAAAUGCAGAUUCAAACCCAGCAAAGAAAAUUUGAAUGACACCUAAACCAGUGCAUUCUCUUUGUUUGUUAAGGAAUGUUCAGAUAUUUUUUAAGAAAUGAAACAAGAGUCCAUCCAUUAAAAGAAAAAUCACCUAGGUACCAAAGAACACACUUAAUAUUAUAGUGCAGGUAUUUUAUUGCAAUGAUUUUAAUAACCAAAGCUAUUUUUACACAAGAUACUAUGUAAAGUUAUACGUAUAAACUGAUCUAGCUGUAAUACACAUGCCACAUAGAAUCAUGACUAUUAUUUAUGACUCUUGAAGCAUUUGAAAUAUUAGUUUUCAGAACUGGCAAGAAAGAAUGUAGCUUCAGGGAAGCAAUUAAUAUCAGAACAGAGAGGUCAGUGUAGUAUACAUGUACAUCCAGAUGGCACACUCCCUUUCGGGAUCCAUAAAUGAUACUUAGACAUAUAAACGUGAUGCCAUAAUCUGUUCAUAGCUGAGAAAACCUGGGGAUUCUUCCAAAGUAGGACCCCAUUUAUAAAUUAGAAAACUAAGUUUAACAGAGCAAACAAUUAAAUUAGAACAUUUGUUCAAAGUAAUGCUUUUUUAGUAAAAGACCACUGAAUAAAGGAUAUCAUACUUGGGUUAAUUUGACUGAAAGUUGCUUUAUGCAUUUGACACCAAAUACCUUUUUAAAAUAUUUUAUGAACACACAAAGCGAGCAGACCAACAUUAUUAUUACAAUGAACUAUCCAGUAUUUGUAACCAAAUUGAUCUUAUUGCCAAUCUCAGACAUAUUAUGACUUGAACAUCAAUAAAAAUAGCAGAGGCAACUGAGAAGUGGUGGAACACCAUUGAAAAAACCAGAGUUCUAGUGGAAGACAAGACUUUGGGUUCUAUUGGCGUAAAGCUAUUUAUUUCACUAAGCAUAGCCUCCAAAGUAUACUACAUUCUUUCUUGCUACUGCAUUAAGCUGGAAAUUUUCUAACAGAGAGUCCACUCUCUAACAGGGACAGAUAAAACACUAGAUCUGAGCUUCCAAAUACAAAAUUUUCAAUUUCUGUUUUUUCAAAUCACUUAACCAGAACUGGAGAAAUCAAGGGGGAAGAAAAAAACUAAUACAGUUGUACUAGCAAUACCCAAGUAAAUCACUUGCUUCCCAGAAAAAUUCUCUCUGAACUCCAUUGAAUUGUAACUCAAACAAAUGGAUGUCUUUUGUACUAUUAGGUAAAGAAUUGGGUACUCUUGGUUAAUUAGCACACCUAAUUAGAGAUAUGAAGUGAAAUGUUAUCACAACAAUUAGUUGUUAAUUGAUAUUCAUUAAAAUGCUAAAGGAAAAAUAUUGAACCAUCUUGACACAAAACCUAACUCCUUAAGGUCAAGUCUCAGCGUCUUGUCUAGGUCUAGAAAGAGACGGGCACCUGGAGAGAUGAAACUAAACCAACAAGCCAUCUGGAUCUCCUUCAUGUCUGCUGUAGAAUGAGAAAAGCAAACCAACACAUACUUCUCCUUUAAUGAAAUAGUGCAUUUGCCUUGACACAUUUUGUCUUAGUAUUUUUUUUAUCUCAUACCAAACUCCAGCUUAAAAAUUUCUCUUCUAAAUAUGGCACAACUACAGUUCAGCUAUUAAAAGAGAGCAUUUCAAUGGCCACCCUUAGAGAUUUGCUUAACAUAUAAUCUUGUCAAUGACAUAAACCAAAAGGAAAAAAACUGAUUAACUUUUUCACUCUCUCCAGGAAUGGUGGGGGCCAGGGGUACAGCUAUAAUAAUAUAUUUAUAAUUCAGGAGGGAGGAAAGCCUUAUUUAUUUAAAACAUGAGAAUAUUAAAUGCAGGGACAUUCAAGCUGUGUCUACACACAAUCUUACCAAAUUCAGCUCCCCAGGAAAAACAAAAGUUGAAUUCGAACACCAUGGUUUUUGCUUCAUUUGUGCUACAUAACCUCUUCAGAUUGAUCCAAUUGCAUUUGACCUUUCAACCAAUUAUUUUGGUACUGUGUAGACACAGUCUCAGAGAAUAUUACUACAUUUCUAAUAUUCCCAUCAUAAUGCUUUUUUGAAAAAAAAAAUACAGUGAUCCUAUUUGCUGACACCAAAGAUAAUUUUCAUACCAGCAUUGAAUUUGCACCCAUUACGCAAUUUCAGGGCCUAGAGAUAUAUUUUCUCAUAAACAGAUGCACAAAUCAGAGCCUGAAAAGCAAUUUUUUUACUUGACUGUUCAAGUAUACUCACAACCUUUGCUUUUUAGAAAUCAUAACGACAAACUCAGCUUCUCACGAGCAAUAUACUUGUUACGUCAUGUACAACUGAUUCUUUAUUGCUUCUAACUUGGCAUGUGGCAUUAAUUUAUGGCUCAGCUUUCUUAACCUACCACACUCAACAGAGCAGAUCACAUGCCAUUUGCUCAUCCAUUAUUUCUCAAUCCUUUUGGAAAAUUCACCUAAAAAGGUAUCUCAUUCUUUCAUUUGUAUGUUUGUUUCGUCCAGAACUGCACUUCACUUAACAUGUU